UAUGCGAAUGUGGAAUUUUAUCAGGAGAUUCGUGUCAAAUCUUUGAUUCUGAUUCAUUAGAUCAUAAAAAUUGAAUAAUAAUUAUGAAAAAAUCGUAUAAUUUACAUCUCACCGGACCGUUUCGUUUUACGAAAAUAUAAUGAUUGAAAUUUUGUAAAAUGAGAAGAGAUAGUUCCAAAGAAAUGUUUAUCGUUCGUGCAUUGGAAAAAAUCCUCAGUGAUAAAGACAUCAAAAAGUCGUAUCAUUCUCAACUGAAAAAAGUCUGCGAAGCUUCUCUCAAUGAAAUUCAGAAGGAAAUCAAGCAAGGUGGUCCAUCCGAAGAUACGUCUUCGGCACUCCCAUUACCCAAGGAUAGUUCCACCCUGAUAGUAGCCGAAAAAUAUUUUCAACCUUUCGAAUUAGCGUGUCAAAGUCGAUCACCAAAAAUUGUCAUUACAGCUUUGGAUUGUUUACAAAAAUUAAUCGCUUAUGGGCACUUGACUGGUAAUAUCAAGGAUCCGAAUGGACCUCCUGGCAAAUUACUUAUCGAUAAAAUUGUCGAAACUAUUUGCGAUUGUUUUUCUGGCCCAACGACCGAUGACGGAGUUCAACUACAAGUUAUCAAGGCUGUUUUAACCGUCAUGACGAGUCAACAUGUCGAAGUACACGAAGGAACGGUAUUGUUAGCCAUAAAAACAUGUUACAAUAUUUAUCUGGCUAGCAAAAAUCUCAUCAAUCAGACUACCGCCAGAGCCACCUUGACCCAAAUGAUAAACGUCACUUUUGCCAGGAUGGAAAGCCAAGCUGCCGAAUCCCUAAAUAGAGAUCUCCCCACGACGCCUUCUAGUAUAACAGAAGCAGACCGAAGCGAUUCAACUUCCGAUGUCGUUAGUGAAGUUUUAAACUCCAUUGUUGACGCAGUGGUUCAAAAUACCCAAAGCGAAUGCGUUUCUCCGGUCGUAGAAAACGGUUGUCCGGUUUUCAUCGCCGAUUCUCCUAGUAAUGAAAUGAAUCGAUCACAACAGGACAAUUUGCUUAUCUCCAGUGAAACCGAUGAGAAAGGAAGUGGUGCUCAGUUCGAACAUAUUUUACAGAAAGACGCUUUCUUAGUAUUUAGAGCAUUAUGUAAAUUAUCAAUGAAACCGUUACCAGAAGGAACACCCGAUCCUAAAUCACACGAAUUACGUUCGAAAAUCCUGAGUUUACAUUUACUGUUGUCAAUUUUACAAAAUCCUGGACCGGUGUUCCGUACAAAUCCGGUGUUCGUAUUGGCCAUCAAGCAUCACUUAUGCGUCGCCUUAUCCAAUAACGGAGUCUCUCCAGUACCUGAAGUUUUCGAGCUUUCGCUAGCCAUAUUUUUAGCUUUACUUUCGCAAUUCAAAGUGCAUCUCAAGAAACAAAUUGAGGUAUUUUUCAAAGAAAUAUUUCUCAACAUCUUGGAAACAACUAGCUCAUCAUUUGAACACAAAUGGAUCGUUAUUCAGGCACUAACUCGUAUCUGUGCCGAUGCUCAGAGUGUUGUAGAUAUGUAUGUAAAUUACGACUGUGAUUUAUCUGCUGCUAAUUUAUUCGAAAGAUUAGUCAACGAUUUAUCGAAAAUUGCCCAAGGUCGACAAGCCGUCGAACUGGGCGCGACUCCGAAUCAAGAGAAAUGUAUGAGGAUCAGGGGACUCGAAUGUCUAGUAUCUUUAUUGAAAUGUAUGGUAGACUGGAGUAAAGAUUUAUACGUAAAUCCGAAUUCGCAAACCAAUCUCGGAUCUGAAAGAAAUGUACGUGAAAACGAAGCCAGUGACGUAACAGUAUCGACUCCUGGAGAUAGUCUGAGAUCUUUCGGAGGCAGCGCCAGUAGCUUAAAUUCUGCCAGCUCUGGUAAUAAAGAAGCACCCGAUACGCCCCAUCAUCUGCAAGUUUUAAAACACCAAAAAGAAGUCUGGGAGAAUGGAAUACUAUUAUUCAAUCAGAAGCCCAAAAAAGGUAUUCAGUUCUUGCAGGAUCGAGAACUUCUCGGAUCUACUCCUUCUGAGGUUGCCGAAUGGCUACAUACAGAAGAACGUUUGGAUAAAACUGGUAUAGGUGAUUUUCUCGGAGAAAACGACGAAUUUAGUCGUGAAGUUAUGUACGCUUAUGUGGAUCAAAUGGAUUUCAACGGUCGCGAUCUGGUUUCGGGACUGAGAUUUUUCCUCGAAGGAUUCCGACUUCCCGGCGAAGCUCAAAAAAUUGACAGACUGAUGGAAAAAUUCGCCAGCAGAUAUUGCGAGUGUAAUCCAAACAAUGGCCUGUUCGCCAGCGCAGAUUCGGCUUACGUGUUGGCGUAUUCGAUUAUCAUGUUGACUACUGAUUUACAUUCACCUCAAGUUAAACAUAAGAUGACCAAAGAACAGUAUAUAAAGCUAAAUAGAGGCAUAUCGGAUAAUCAAGAUUUGCCCGAAGAAUAUCUGAGUCAAAUUUACGAUGAAAUCGCCGGCCACGAGAUUAAAAUAAAGGCCACCAAUAAACCCGGCAAGCAAAUUAUAUCGAAUGAAAAACGACGUAAACUAUUGUGGAAUAUGGAAAUGGAGGCGAUAUCGGCGACAGCUAAGAACCUAAUGGAGUCUGUCAGCCAUGUUCAAGCACCAUUCACAUCAGCCAAACAUUUGGAACACGUUAGACCGAUGUUUAAAAUGGCAUGGACACCAUUUUUAGCAGCAUUUAGCGUCGGAUUACAAGACUGUGAUGAUCAAGAAGUCGCCUCUCUUUGUUUAGAGGGUAUCAGAUGUGCCAUUAGAAUCGCUUGUAUAUUCCAUAUGACGUUGGAAAGAGACGCGUAUGUUCAGGCGUUAGCUCGAUUUACUCUGUUAACAGCCAAUUCGCCUAUAAUGGAGAUGAAAGCGAAGAACAUCGAAACCAUUAAAACUCUAAUAACGGUCGCUUAUACCGAUGGAAAUUACUUGGGUAGCUCGUGGUUAGACAUAGUAAAAUGUAUCUCGCAACUGGAACUAGCUCAAAUGGUGGGCACCGGAGUCAGGCCGCAAUUUUUAUCUUUAUCAAAGGCUUACCCUUCGGCUGAAACUUUAUCCCUCAAGUUGAAUAUUUCUACUCUAGAUCCCAGCGUUAAAGAAUCGAUUGGAGAAACGAGUAGUCAAAGUGUAGUGGUGGCUGUUGAUCGCAUAUUCACCGGAUCUAUCCGUUUGGAUGGUGACGCAAUCGUAGAUUUCGUGACCGCUUUGUGUCAGGUGUCUUUGGAAGAGCUCGCCAAUGCCAACCACCCGCGUAUGUUCAGUCUGCAAAAAAUAGUCGAAAUAUCGUAUUAUAAUAUGGGACGUAUUAGGCUACAGUGGUCUCGUAUAUGGCAAGUCCUCGGCGAAUAUUUCAAUAAAGUGGGAUGCAACACGAACGAAGAUAUCGCUAUUUUUUCAUUAGACUCGUUAAGACAGCUAUCAAUGAAAUUCAUCGAAAAAGGAGAAUUUUCCAACUUCAAGUUCCAGAAAGAUUUCCUCCGUCCGUUCGAACAUAUUAUGAAAAAGAAUAGGUCACCGACGAUUCGUGAUAUGGUUGUGAGAUGUAUCGCGCAGAUGGUGAAUUCGCAAGCUCGUAAUGUUCGUUCUGGUUGGAAAAACAUAUUCAGUGUGUUUCAUUUAGCGGCAUCGGAUCAAGACGAAGUCAUCGUUGAUUUAGCGUUUAAGACCACUCAGCAUAUUAUCAAUAAUUUAUACUCACAACAUUUCCAAAUCAUGAUCGAUUCGUUCCAAGACGCUGUAAAAUGUUUAUCCGAAUUCACGUGUAACGCUAGCUUCCCAGACACCAGCAUGGAAGCGAUCCGAUUAAUACGUACUUGCGCUCAAUGCGUUCACGAGAAACCUCAGCUGUUUGUCGAACAUUGCGUCGAUGACGUAUCUGUAAACGAAGAUGACAGGCCGUGGGUCCGAGGCUGGUUCCCUUUACUUUUCGAAUUAUCGUGUAUCGUAAGCCGAUGUAAAUUAGACGUACGUACCAGAGCGUUGACCGUACUGUUUGAAAUGAUCAAAAAUCACGGAGAAGCAUUCAAAACUCAUUGGUGGAAAGACUUAUUCAACAUCUUAUUUAGAAUAUUCGAUAACAUGAAGUUACCAGAAAUACAAACCGAGAAAGCGGAAUGGAUGACCACGACUUGUAAUCACGCUUUGUACGCCAUCGUCGAUGUGUUCACGCAGUAUUUCGAAAUUUUAGGACCGAUGUUGUUGAAAGAUUUGUAUAUUCAGUUGCAUUGGUGUGUUUUGCAAUGUAAUGAUCAAUUGGCUCGAUCUGGAACUAAUUGCCUGGAAAAUUUGGUCAUCUCUUGCGGACAUAAGUUCACUUAUGAAAUAUGGGAAGACACGUGCCAUUGUAUAAGAGACAUGUUCGACUGCACAAUUCCUAAUGAAUUAUUUACCAGUAAUGUGAUAUCUCCGGAAAAAGAAAAGCAAAAAGAAAAAGACAAAGAAUUAGAAAAAGAAAAAGACAGAGACGUAGAAGAAGAAACAUUGAAGAAUAAGCUUAAACGAUCGAAUAGUAUUGUAAGCACCGCGAGCAAUAUAUCUGGCACAAGUUUGGACGAAUUCGGCUCCAGAUGUAAUUUAGCCGUGUCAGCUUUAUCGAUAAAAAUAAUCGUGCAGCUGGAACUAAUCCAGACUAUCGAUAACAUAGUGUUCUACCCAGCCACAUCACGUAAAGAAGACCAAGAGAAUUUAGCUCUGGCUCAAGCUGAUAUAUCUCAAGAACCUCCAAUCCUCGAUCAACAACGAGAAGAGCAAGGCAUGUACAGGAAUCUGAAAACCCAGCAGCUUUUCAUGCUGACUGAAUGCCUCAUGAAAUCGCACCGUUUCGCUAAAUCGUUUCAUUCGAACCUCGACCAAAAUCCAUUGCUUGGUAAAUCAAGUAUGAAAAAUUCGUCUAAACCUAAUCUACUGCUGCAAGAAACGCAAAGUUUGGCUUGUACGUUGAGAAUAUUGUUUAAAAUGAGUAGCGACGAAUCGCGUAGCGAAGAUUGGCAGCUUAUUCAUCAAGAAUUGGUCACCGUUUGUAAAGAAGCUUUGACUUAUUUCUUGGAGUUGAAGUCGGAACUGCACAGGGAAGCUUGGACGUGUUUGCUGUUGCUGAUGAUUACUCGUAUUUAUAAAAUGCCCGCAAAUAAGUUCAAAUCACACGCAUCCAGUUUAUACCCUCAGCUUUGCGAAUUACUAUAUUUAGAACUAAAAGUCGAAUUGAGAUCUGUGCUACGAAGAUUCUUUCAACGCAUCGGAACAGUUUUCAGUAUUACAUAACACUAAAACAAGAACCGAUAGACGAGUAUCUCGUUUUAUUCAAAAUCAGCACUUUCGCUUCCUUGUAGUACAGUAUUCAGUAUUUUUUUUAAAUUAGUCGAUUCCAGUUUUUUUUAUUCUAUUAAUCGUGUGGUACAUUAAUAUGUGAUAUUAGAACGAAUGUUUGAAUAUUUGUUCUACGUACUGCUCGAUCGAUGUUGGGUUUUCUUUUCUAUUCUAAUCGAAUUAUUUUGGACAAAAGAGGAAAAUUAUUUUAAAAAUUUUAGUAUUAAUUUUCAUGGUUACCAUAGGUAUUGUUCGAAGAUGGUACAAUGUGUAUAUGGUAUGUGAUGCGCUUUUAAAUUAUUUAUUCGUGAUUUUUUUUUUUUUUUUGUACGAAAUUUCGAGUUAUACGUUAAUUUGUUUUUUUAAAUUAAUUUUUCGAUAAAUAAUUAUCGGCGUCGACGUUGUUGUUAUUGAAGCCUUGUAAGUUAUCUAGUCUGAAAAACACACACGCACGAAUGUAUUACAUGCAUCUUAAACCUAAAUUUCGGCUACUUUUUACGUUAGUUGUAUUAUUACGGUUUUACGACGAACGCUUGACCUAUAUUUAUGCUGAAAAUUUGCAUAUUUUUUUCGCAUUUCGUCGAGAGUUAUAAGAAUAAGAGUGUGCUUAAACCUACUUAAUGAACAUUCCGACAUACUUGACCGAUUACACGAACCAAAUUUUUUCCCGAGAACAAAACCCACUGACGAUGACGGUGCUUCUUUGUCUCUAAAAGUUGAAAAGAAUUAAUUAUAAAAUUCGUCAAAAAAAUAUAAAUAAAAGUUUAGAAAGAAAAACAUACAUAUGUUGGAACCGUCAUCUUGGUCGCUGCUGAGGGUUCUCGAAUUUGACACGAUUGGCUUUUUUUUUCUUUUGAUAUACUUAAAUCACGUUAUUGUUAUUUAUUACUGUUAUGAUUAUUGUUGUUGUUUUGUACGGAAAGAAAAGUAUACCUAUUGUACCUAAUGUUUUUUUUCUCUCCUUUUCUUUUUAUCACGUAUCCUUUAUUCGGCUGUUCUUUAUUCGUUCUACGUACGUAUGUUUAAUUUUUAGUAACUUAUGUUGCGCGUUUACCAGUCAUUGUUUAUUUUAUUUAAUUAUUCAUCGUGCAUGUUCGCAUUGUUAAAUUAGUUUAUUCGGGUUGUAAAAUAAAUAUUUUUGUAGUGAGCCGAUGAA